CGGAUUUGCUUUCUUAUUUGUCCUUUAAAUUCAGACUAUUAACUUCCAUUAAAUUAUAGUUGUGGUAAUAACUUCCGAAUUCCACUAUAUGUCUUGAAGUUUUGUCCAUAUUCUUCAUCUUCGUUAUUUCCCACUACAAAACCAACGAAAGAUCCUCUCAGAUUUUGUUGUGAAUCCAAAAACUAAUUUUCCUCUUAUAUUAUUGGGUCCCGUGUGACCUGGUUGUUUAGCAAUAGAAGCAGAUGCUUGUCAGAUCCGGAAUUGUGUAACUUUGUUCAGUUCAAACCAGUGGUCUUUGCUCAACGACAGUGAGUAACGACCGAAAUAUCUUGAUUAUUGGUCUAUGAGCUCUUUCCAACCUCGAUGUUUAAUUACAGAUCAAAAACACCAAGUUUCUAUGAUUCUCUAUUAUCUACUGUUUAUUAUGAGUCGAUUCAUACGACAAUAUACAAUACCUGACUAUACACCAACACAAAUAAGGUAAAACAUAUCUAUUAACAGUUUAUGUGUCAAACGAAAGCAUACAAUUAAAGGAAUAUAAAACGAGGCACCACUCCAAGCAUUUAAUAGUCAUACAAUAAUAAUAUAUCUAACAGUCCAUGUUGGCGGGAUAUAGAUUAGAUUAAAGCACUUUCGUGCGGGAUUGUGUUGGGGCACGCUGAUUGGCUAUUUCUCAACCAAUCAGCGUUAGUGGAGACUUGGAGAAGACUAGAAUAUUCUUAGAUGAAAAUUGUAAAUACACUAACGUUCUUCUUAUUGUGAUUCCUCCUUCCAUUCAACGUUUUUAUUAGGAAUAUAAUUACGUCCCUCUUCAACCGUGUUCUGAUUUGGGGACUUGUCGAGUGAAGUAUUGUUCAAGAAUACUAAGCAAUAAGAAUAGCUGGGUCGAAAUGAGAGUAAUUAUAACAGUGGAGACGAGGAAAAAAGAAAGCACACUUAAGAUGCGCAACAUGGUGCACGAAUGCGGAUGUUGGAAACUAUGACGCAAUAGCUUAGCAUCCACCGCUCGAGUUCACACUCUGUUUCAAGUACUUAUUGUGAUGCAGUUGCCAGCAGCAUCCCAGAAUUCAUCUGUGACCACGAAAGAGAAAAUACCUUCCUCACGUGGUUCAAGCGUUGGGAAGAUACAUUUAGAAUAGAGUUUUGUAAGCAAUACGACUCGAUUGUUGAUUAGUAAUUCGGGAAGUAAUUAAUAUGUACGCUACGCAGACCAUAUAUUGCCAAAGUUACCUCUAGAGCUCAAUUUCGAGGAGACAGUAACUAAAUUGUAAGAUAUUCGGCGAAUCAUCUUCAUUGUUUAGUAUUCGAUAUCAGUGUUUAAAUUUGGUGAAACGCGAAGGCGAUGAAUAUGGUGCUCUAGCAGAUGUCGUCAACAUUCAAGCCACGCUCAUUGAUGGAAGAUCAAUUUAAAUGCCUAGUAUUCAUCAAAGCUCCCCAGUCCCCACAAGGUGCUGAGAUUAGGACUCGACUUUUAACUCGACUAGAUCAAGAUCCAAACAUUACCAGUUCCUGAAGACUUGUUUGCUAAGCUUAAUGGUGGAACAUGUUUCGCGAAAAUAGACUUCUCCGAUGCCUAUCUGCGAGUGGAAGUAGAUAAUGAUUGUAGAGAACUUUUGACUAUCAACACUCAUCAAAGGUAAAAAGUAACAUCCACACCAAGGUCUGAAAUCAGUCUGGUUUUCUCAGGUUUGAAUUUCUAGAGCUCUAGUUAGACGUCGAUGUUAUUGAAGUUAAUAAUCCUGACACUAUGUAUUUCGCCUAUCUCCUGGAUUGAGAGUGAAUAAUAGUCACGUCUUUUACCGAGACAGUUCCACUAGAAGCAGGAUUUUUAACAUCCGCCUCCUUGAUAAGUUUCAACAAUUGUUUACUGCUUAUUAUGGUUUCUGCUCUAUCCAUCUCUUCCGCUUUCUCUAUUCAUUACUGCUCACGAUCAUUGCGUAGGCUUUUUAUGAGCUCGCAUUUAAGCUGUUGCCGCACCUCAUCAUGUUUGAAGCCAGACGGAAUGAGUUUCCGAGCGUCUGUCAGUUCGGUAGCCACCGCUGAAUUCCACUUUUUUUCUUGACUUUUUCGUCUAAGUUACUGGUAGAUAUCACUGCUGUUUCCGAAGGUUUUUGGAUAUCAUACUAAGGUAUCUUGGUAUGAAUGUCACUUUGAUGGUUGAUCGACUCCUCUAGUUGUUCCAGAAAUAUCUUAUUAACUUUUCAAUCAACCCCAUUAGAUUUUGUUGUCAUGGCUUUUCUGGGCCCAAUAAGAUGCAGAUAAAUACGUGCUUGAACUAGAGCAUAAUCUGAGUCUAAACAUGUGUUCCAAAAUGAUCGACAGUCUACUAUCGAACCUCCCCAACGAUGUUUGAUGGCAAUGUUGUCCAUUUGAGACCAUCGUUGAAUGGAUUGUUUGGGUUGCCACGUCAAACGUUGUUUUUCCUUAUGCUUAAAGUUGGCGCUUCAGUCAGUCAGUCAGUAACAACGUAGAACUUCGUACGUAUGUACAUCAGUUCCGCUUGCUAAAACUAGACGGUUAUCCGGGCAUAUUACGUCAGAUGGUCUCCAUUUUCUGUUUACUGAGCCGCAACACCGUUAAACUCACCCAAGUGCUUUAUUGAUUGGUUUAUCCUAUCUACUUGAGCGUUCAAAUCACUCACAAUUAUACGACAUCAGAGUGUUUAGCUGUUUGAAUGUUGGAUGGCUUCCCAUAAAAUUCAUUUUUAAUUUCAUCCCAGCUGCAUUCAGUGGGAACGUGGAUACCGAAGAGGCAACAGAAUGUGUCUCUAUCUCUUCGAAUUUUUACUGUCCCAUUUAGUUGAACGGCACUCAGGCGAUUGUCUAUUAGAAUCCGGUCUAGGAGAACUUGUUCUUUAGAACUUAAUUCUAUACCUACAACAGCGAGCUCACUGGAAAUACCAGUGGGGUCUCCAGAUACUCGAGGAGUAAACCGUGCCGGUUCUUUAUAUUGUUAAGGUGAUGUCAAAUGAAUAGCCGUACCUGUACCUUGUAUGAGCGUUUCUGAGACACAGCGUACAUCGAUGGCUCGUGAUUCUGGAGUCCUAGCUAAGUAAACCUUUUUUCUGAAUGUUAAGACUCCGACAUGUAGUUUAAAGCGUGGUUUUAAGAGACCAGCAAUAACAUUUAAUGGACUGAAGUCAUUAGCAUUGGUGGCGCGUGGUGAUAAAGAAUACAGUUGUUACCUUGGACCCAGCUGGAUGACUUGGAUGUCAUAGAUGACCUUGCCCUUCUAUCCUUUACACAGAAACAAGUGCAGACGAAAACAGCCAGUAUGUCACCAACUUUUAAAGCACUAUCCCUCAGAAAGCAAGAUUCUAAAAUACAGCACAGUGAGGACCAAAUAAAUCGAAUUUGAUGAAUAAACUCUGUAACUAGUGAUAGUUUUUAAUUUCAUGGUCAGGAUUGCCGAUGAGUUAGGAGGAUCUGGUACAGAUAUGAAGGGAAGGAUUGGAAAAGUAAGUGGAACAUUGAUGCGAUCAAAGAAUAUAUGUAACUCAAAACAACUGUCAGCGAAUACCGGAGUCAGAAAUCUUAAUAUACGUUAAUACAGUACAAUUUUAUGGAGCAGAAACUUGUAGAGAUGCUAAAACUAUUAUCAAAAAGGUACAGGUAUUUAUAAACAAUUGUCUACACAAGAUAACCCAGAUCCAUUGGUCAGACACUAUCGACAAUAACCUACUGUGGAAGAGAAAAAACCAGCUUCCAACUGAAGAAGAAAUUAGGAAAAGACGAUGGAGGUAAGUGGGACACAUUGUAGAGAUCAUCGAAAUGCAUCACGAAGCAAACCCUAACUUGUAAUUCUGGAUGCGGGUUUCAGAGACGCCGUAUACAUCGAUGCUGCGAGAUUCUAGAGUCCUAGCUAAACAAACUUGUCCUGUCUGACAAGUUUUCACGUUUUUAUCGUAUCUCGUCGUUAAUUUGUUACGCCUGGUCUUCACUGAUUAUUAUGGUUUUCUCCCAAAAUUCCCGCCGCCAGUUUGUUAUGUAAUCGAUUAUCACUUAUACUUAUAAAACAAGAAACCACUGCGAUUGCCACGACGCGAAAGUAAGAACACCCAGAUCGAUACAAGUAAAUAUUUAUUAACCCCAAAACACGACGACGACCCUAGUCGAAAAUACACUCAUUUUGAUAAAAUCACAUAUAUGAAAAAUACUUAGGUUUAAAAAAUCGUAUUCUACAUGACAUGCUUACCAUAGUUCAUGUUAAUUUAAUACAAGAAUAUCGUAUGUUAUACAGAAUAAAAUAUCACACAGGAAAACAGAAACAAAUACUACAGAUUGAAUUAAAAUGGAAGUAAUGUUGAACAAAAAUCAUGAUGAGUAAAUCAAUCUAAUUUUGACUUUUCAUUCCGUCAUAUCACUUUUCUUCUUAAUUCUUGUUAAUAUUGUUUGAUCAAUCAUUUGCAUCAUACUUAUUUCGGUAAUUUUUUUGUCUCUCACCAUUCUUUCGUUUUUACUGCUCAUAAAAAUAUCUCAGAAAGUUCUUUAAUAUAUGGUGAGCACAUUUCUAAUUGACAUAAUGAUAACCUAAUUGGCCAUCUUACUGUUUACUUGGAGUCAUUAAUUACGCUUCCUACGUGCGAGGUCGCGGAUAUGCACUGUUGAAGAGUCCCAUACAACGGUGAAACUGCCGUCCAUAUCUUCCAGGUCUAUCUUAGACCAUUUCAUGAUCUCACUUGUGAAAAUACUACAACCUUCACAAAUACCUUGUGCUUAUAUACUAGUCUGGUCGUAUAUGGAGUUGCUGGUAACCCAAAGGACUUGGUAAUCACUUCUAUGACCUCGGAACUGAAUAAUCUUGAUCCAUCAGUUAUGGGGAUAAAAUUGUAGUGAUAAGUUUCAUUUUUCGAUAUCUUCGAUUUUUCCACUUCUACUUCCCGUAGUUUUAUUGUUCUGUCGUCAAUAAAUUCUUUAUUAUAUAUUACUGUAUUUAGGGCUUGGGACAUGAACUAUCAGAUACAGAGAUUUUACAACUGAUAUCACAUGGAAGGCUUAAAACUCGUGAAUUAGAAUCAGUCGUUCGCAAUCCAUUUCGGGCUGUUGAACUCCGUCGUUUAGAUUUGUCAACAUUUCUUAAUAACCCACAUAUUAUUGAACGCAUUCCAUACAAAGACUAUGAUUAUCGUCUUGUAUAUGGUCAAUGUUGUGAAGAGGUAAGGAAAAUCAUUUUUAUUAGUAUACUUCUGUGAGUUAAAAGAUUCCUUAAUACGGUGGCUUAGUGGUUAUAAUCGCUUAAAUUUUAAUCACUGAGUUUCAGAUUCAGUCUCCUUUUGACCUACUUACGUCUAGGCAAUUGAGUAUUCUGAUGUAUGAAAAGUAUGGUUCGAAGAUUUAGUGCACGAACCUGUACUUGAUUACUUAUCUAAACUUCAUAUUUUAAAAUAAGUACACCUGAUAUUUUAAUCAUGUACGUACAAUUGAACAAUAAGUUAACCAUAAAGUCAGUUCUUGUAAAAGUUUUUCAGCUUAUGUAUCCGCUCAAAUAAAACUCUGAAUAACGUCGGUAGUUUAUGUAACCCCUUGAUUUCUUUUACUCAGGAACACCCGAAUCAUGUAUAAUGAAGAAGACAAAUCCAAACUCAAGUUUCACUUAAAACUAUAACUGUGUCCACAAAUCAAUGUUCAGUCUUAUGAUCAUGUAUGACCUCAAGUUUUUGGGAUGAUCUUGUAAGUUUUUGUGAUCAGUAGUAAUUGACCCAAUGAACAAAAGAAUUAGAUAAAGAAUGUAGAAUAACUUGUAGGAAGGUUCCUAAUUCGUUGAUAGGUGAUAAUUGAUUGAUUUUCGUUUUAAUUUUAUUUUGAAAAUUUGUUAACAUUUAGCAUCCUGGAAAAAUUAUUCAUAUUUCAUCUGAGUAUCUUUCAGAUGAAGAAUUGUUUAAUAAUUCUGAAAUUGGCUGCAUAAUGUAUAUAUUUGACUUAUAUUCAAUGUGUGGAAUAAAUAAUAAUGUUGUUGUAUUAUCUACUUUUAAUAAACUGAUCUUUUUAAUUAAAAAUUCAAGGAAUGGGACCUAUCGCAUUCAAAUAUCAUUUAUAAACUUUGAUGUAAAACAGUGGCUAUUUCCAAAAUUCUUGUUAGUAUUGUUCUAAAAUUUAACAAAAUACAUGAAUACUUUUGAAUCAUCUAUAAAGAACGGGGAUAAACAGGAAAGGUGUGGAUUUGCUUCACAGUUAAUAUUACUAGGUUACAUUUAAUGUGAAAUUAGUUAGUUUCCAAUACACAACAAAGUUUUGGUCUUUUCAUGCGAUUGAGGUCUCAACAAAUGCUAUUACUCACUUUUGGUUACUUCUAUACACUAUUCAUAGUAAUCUGUUAACAAGUUGGUGAGUUUCCAAAAUUUUUCAAAUAUAUUGUUGCACAAAUUGAUUUCACAAAAUUCUGGUAAAUUUUGUCUUCUAAAGUUAUCCAAAGGGAUGAACUGUUCAAUCACGAAUGCAUUUAUGGAAUACGGUGGUUCAUUUAUUCUCCAUACAUUUCAUGCAAAAUAUUUUAGGCAGAUUGUUAAAAUAAAUAAGUAAAUUGAAACAUACUUUAAACAGAUCAUUAUUUAAAUAGUGUACAACAGAAUGCAAGAAAAAACCAGUCAAGAUUUUAGUAUUUAGCUUGCGAUUCGCUUGUGAAGUUUAAUCAAUCAAGUCCGUGUUGAGAAAACCAACAGCAUGUGUAUAAUAACGGUAAAAGAAACAAAUACUGGUUGCUGUUUACGGGGGGAAAGAUAGAACAAAUAAUCUAUCAAAUAUCUUCACUACUACAAUAGGCUCACAACAUACCGUUCAGUGAUUUGGAAGUAUUUGUCAUACUCAUACGUGUGUUUUACAACCAAUGCAUUGGUUUUGUUUGAUCAUGUGUGAUCCCAUGUCAACUGUUAAUCCUUAAAAUAAUACUUUUCAAGUUAUUUAUGUCGCUUCACAUUUUAAUAUGGCAGAUUUUUUAUCGUUUCAGUUUUCUAACUCCCAAAUCUAAAAAUUCCUCAGUAUCAUUUAUUUUUUUUAAAAAGUAGCUUUCUCAAGAAUAUCGUAAUUAUGUAUCAACUUUGAUGUAUGCAACACCAUUGUACACUACAUAUGUAUAUAUGAAGGAAAUCACGAGGUAUAAAACUCACUAACGAUUUCGAGUGUAAUCAGUGUGUUGUCACAUUCUCCACAUUGAUUAGUCGUUCAUGUUUAAAAGUAUGACUAAAGUUGAUGAAUUGUAAAACGUUUACAUAAACUUGCCCUUUGGAAUACUCGAAAUCAUAUUUUCAUCGUAAGAGAUCCACACUCUUUUCUUUGUAAUUGCAAACGCCUUAAUAAAUUACGAUGUACUUUUGGAAACCAGAAUAAGCACUAAUAUUGGGUUUAACAUUUUCUAUUUUAUUUUUACACUUAGAAGUAUGUUAUGAUAGAAUAGAUACUCACCUUUCAAACUAUGGGUUAUCAGUCCUAUCAACUAUGUUCAUUGUGAUAUGGACAACUUAUUUUUAUCUCCACCAAUAUAAGUGGUUUUCUACCUAAUUCAAAAAUCUUAAAUUUAUAUAUUUUGGUCUGUUAAAAUCCAGGUUAUCGGGUACAUGCCUAUACCAGUUGGAAAAAUUGGACCUCUUCUACUGGAUGGUCGUUCUCAUUACAUUCCUUUGGCUACAACUGAAGGAUGCUUGGUAGCCAGCACAAAUCGGGGAUGUCGUGCAAUUUUUUUAGCUGGUGGUAUCAAAAGUGUUGUCUAUAGAGAUCAAAUGACAAGAGCACCUGUUGUUUGGUUUCCAUCAAUUAUUGAUUCAGUGAAAUGUAUUGCAUGGAUUGAUUCAGAUGAAGGAUUCCAAAUUUUAAAAUCAGCUUUCGAUAAAACUAGCGCACAUGUAAACUUAUUAUCAGUUUUUGCUUGUCCGGCUGGUCGAUAUAUUCAUAUUCGAUUUGCUGCACGUACAGGUGAUGCUAUGGGUAUGAAUAUGGUUAGUAAAGCCACUGACAGUGCUUUGCAUUGUCUACAAAAAUAUUUCAGUAAUAUGCAAGUUAUUUCUUUAAGUGGAAAUAUGUGUACAGAUAAGAAGCCAGCUACCAUAAAUACAAUUCUUGGUCGUGGUAAAUCUGUUAUUGCUGAAGCUCAUCUAUCAGCUGAUGUACUGGCUCAAGUGUUACAUACCAAUGCACAACGAUUAGCUCGGUUAACUCAUUCCAAAAAUUGGAUUGGAUCUGCAAUGGCCGGUUGUCCUGGUAUGAUGGGAUGUAAUGCACAUGCAGCAAAUAUUAUUGCUGGAAUGUUUGCAGCUACGGGACAAGAUUUAGCUCAAGUUGUUGACUCAUCAUCUUGCUUAACGCAAUUGGAGGUUGAUUUGUCAGAUGACUCACUGGUAGCUAGUGUUACUAUGCCAUGUUUAGAAGUUGGUACAGUCGGUGGUGGUACACGUCUUCCAGGCCAACGUGCAUGUCUUGACUUACUGGAUUUAAGCGUCGAUCGUCCAACUGAACAUUUAUCACGGAUAAUUGCUGGAACUGUACUUGCAGCUGAGUUGAGCUUAAUGGCAGCCUUAGACACAGAUGAUUUGGUGAAAGCACAUAUGCACUUCAAUCGAGCCAAGCAAUCUACAAAUUCUAACCCCUGUAGUCAUUCUACUACUGCUGAUUAUAAUAAUAAUGAUAACAAUAGUAAUAUUUACGAUAAUCAUAGCAUCGCUUUAUCUUCAAAAAGUACUGUUACUGAUAAUUCAGAUGUACGCGAAUCUGUUCAUUCCAUACAUGUGAAACCACUUCCUGUUAAAAGUGACUUAUCUGUAAAUUCGGUGAUACCCCAUUAUACUAUGUAACUUGUAUAUGUAGACAAUUUUACUGUCAGUUUACAAAACACCCUUGUAUAUCAUUACUAAGCCCUAGAUUAAAGGUUAACAAAUAGGUUGUAUUCUCGAAUCAUUUUUAGACGUUUACUUAAUUUCCCGUGUUUUUUUUUCACUUUCUGUUUCCGUACGUUUGAUCAAAAUAAACAAAUUAUACCCCAAUAUUUUAUUUGUAAGCUACUCAUACUGUUUAAAUCAUCUACAAUUUCGAACAUGAAAAGUACACAGUAAUCUUAGGUUGUGAUUCGUUUCUUCUCAGUUAAAGUGGCGGUGGUGGUGUUGGUGAUGAAAUUUCAAAUUUCUCACAGAAUUACCACCAUCCGAAAAGGUUUAAUUUUGGACGACUCAUUACUGCUUUUUCUACCUGGUACUUGAUUUAUAUGUCUAUUUAGUGUGUUUUAAAAUAUCUAACCGUAUAUCCAAUUUGGCCACUUGCAUAAACCGAAAUGUCAGCCAUAAACUCACGAACUUUUGAAUUACUUAUUUUCGUAUUUUUUUAGUAGUCCACUCAUUUUAUCUUUCGGAUGCGAUUCAUCAAAAAACGUUCUAAUCGAUCGACCAAAUAUUAUUUCGAAUGGUUAUUUACCAGUUUAGGUUCGAUGUAAUUCUGUGAGAGAUUAGGAGCUGCUGUAGGACUUCUUCAACUCUAGCUCUUUUAAAAGAGCUCGUUUGAAAAAAUCGAAUUUUUAUGCCUGCCUAUUUGACUGUGUAUAGUACUAUUUCGGAACUCCGUUAGCUCAGAUAGUGUUCCGUAAUAUGAAACCAGAACAUUAGAUAUUCCAAACUUACCAAAAAUUUGUCCGAUAUGUAAUGGGGUUCCAGAUGUGGACGGGCUUCGUACAGAAUAGAUUUCAGGCCGCAAAAAAUUUUUGGCCGUUUACUGACGCCGCAUAAUAGGUAUGUACGCAAACACAAGGCUUAUUUGUCUCUGUUCAUCGAUGGACUUCUGCUUUUCGCGGUUACAGCAGACCAAUGACAUCUUGAUAUAUGUUUAUUUACAGAGAAAUCUAUGAGUGGCCAAUUAAAAUAUGUGUGCAUGUUUGCAAUCCUUUUUUUAAUACCGAGUGAUCUGUCUGAGAAGAGAAGACUCAAAAAAGAUUUCAGAAUGGUAACGCAAUUACCAGACAUCAAAUAAAUGUCAUAAAUUAGGAUAGACUCACCCCAUAACAGUAAUCAAAUAUGAUGUUGAUGCAUUUUAUCGACAUUUCCAUUCCUUCAGUAAAGUGUCUCAUAUUCUCAUACAGGGAAAUAUCGAUCGUCGCUACUUUUACCACUGCUGUUGUUACUAGUAGGACUCUGACAGCAUUACAAAACACUUUAUUUCCAGCUUGAGUGAUACAGAAGCAGUAACACUCUCUUACUUGGAGGUCAUCUUCAAUUAACCGCGACAACCUAUUUGCAUUUACCAUACCAACUAUGAGUGGUCAACUGAAAUAUGUGUGCAUGUUUGCAAUCAUUUUGUUUGUUACCGAGUGAUCUGUCUGACCAAAAACGAAGGAUAUUACGUAAGAAAAUUGGGCAAAGCUUACGUAGGACCGAGAAGCCUGCUGGUCGAAGCGUGCUAAUGAGUUGGAAGCAGCAGCUGCAUCUGGUAACUACCGGAAGCUCUUCCAACUCAUCCGAGCCACUGGCAGCAGGAAGUCUGGUGUGAGGGAAACAAUCUGCGAGGAUGAGGGGAUGCCAAUCACCAACAUCCAUCGACGUCUUGGACGGUCGGCUGAAUUUUUCGAAGGGCAGUUCAACUGGCCUGCUGCUCCGGCAACAUCGUUAGUAAUGCAGAGGUUCGGGAUCGUGUGUUCGAGCACAGGGACGAUAAUGCAAUUGGUGUCACCAUCUUGAAACACCGACUUCGGUGGCUAGGACAUGUUCUACGAAUGUCGUCCCAGAGAAUUCCACGUCGUGCAUUAUUUGCCGACUCUGGGACUGGUUGGAAGAAGCGGUGAGGUGGUCAGUGUAUAACAUGAUGUCGUGGUAUGAAAGAAAGCUACAAAGGGCUAACUGGUGUUGGUCCUUCACAACUCCCUGGCUGGGGUCCGAGAGAUGGUGCUACACAGUGGCUAGAGACUUUAUCAGAUAUGGCUCAGAAUAGAAGCCAGUGGCGAUCCUGCUGUAACCUUCUUUUACUUUCUUCAUAAAAAAAGUGGUUGUGUCUUCCUUAAAUGAAAGAUUUCUUCUGAUUGUACCUUUGCAUUCCCCCAUUUUUGCCGUUAUUAUUAUUACACCACCUUACAUCAAUCUCUUCGUUAUUAUUCUCUCGUUUUUGUUCUUUACCUUCUCUUUAAAUUCUCAUUGUUUUGUGUGGCGCAUAUAUAUUUGGCGCAUUCUUGUACCAAUAUUUAUGUGUUCAAAUAAAUAAAUACCAACUAACGUCUGAUACAGCAGCAAAUCGGAAUCAUAUUCUAAUAGCAUAGUCGCUCUACCGGUCAGUGUUAAUAGUUACUGUCUUCCUUGCCAGAUAUGUUUAGGAGCGACCCAUGGUCAGUCUGCAAAGUAAAACUUCUGUCAUAAACGAUCGUGCGAAAAUUCCGGAUUGAAAACAUUAGAUCUAAAGUAUCAUUUUCAGUUUGACUGUAAUUCUUUUCAGUCUCAGUGAGCGUCCAUGAAUAAUGAAAUAUAACUUUUUUGACCUAUCAGGAAAUUUGUGAGAAAUUCACCGAUCCAAUAUUGAAAUCGAACAUGACAGACGCUACUAUUAACCUAAGUUUUAGGUUCUAGUAAGUGAGCAACAUAUCACACGUUAAGAUCCGUUUUACUUAUUCAAAAGACACCUAGCACUUCUUAGUUCAGUUCUAUUUAAACGGAGUCUGCAGAAAAUGAAUAAUGGGCACGAAAUUGUCAUAAUAUUCAGUCAUUCCUAAAAAUGGCUGAAGCGUAUUCACAUAAGAUCGUGGCGAGAUAUUCACCAUGACAUGUACCUUUUCCAGAUCAGCGCUUUGUCCAUGGGAAUCGAUAAUAGUUCUCAAAUAUCGAAUACUUAGCAAAAAAAUGAACGCUCUUCUGCCAUUAUGUGAAAACCAUACGCUGUGAUACGAGGAGAAACUUGUUACUAUUGAUAGCGUUCUUUUCCAUUUUUAUCGGCAAUAAUAAUAAUAUAUUCCAUGGCAAAUAAUACAUCACUUGACAUAGUUUCCAAAACUUGCUAAGAAUUACUGGAACGCAUUUUACACCAUAAGGCAGCCCAUUAUAUUGAACCAAUCCUCGAUUCGUCCUUAUUGCUAGCAGAUGUGCAUCCGAGAAAUCAAUCUUCGAAAAUAUAGUGAACCCAGUCAGCUUCAUUAACAAGUCCUCCGGAAUAGGUAAUGGGUAUAGAUGGUCCUGUAAUGCCUUGUUUAAACCGGCGGAUAAAUCUUCAAAUACUUAUUAUUUACCAUCAUCUUUCCAUGAAACCACUAGUGUUGUUGUUCAAGCGAAACAAUUUAGAGGAGAAAUAAACCUAGAACUCAGCAGCCUGUGAAGUUCUACAUCUAUGGCA